AUGUCGCCUACCAAGAACGCCCACAAGGCUCUCGCCGAACUUUCACCCAACACCACCUCCCCUUCCAAGACCUCGUCCCACGAUCAAGUCAAGUCCAAGAUAUACGAGCCUCUCGACGAGAGCAACAACGUCCUCAAAAUGCCCGCCACCGCCUCCUUUCCCAUCCACAACAACCACACCACCAACUACAUAUCGCCCUCGGACGCUAUGCAGUCACCCACAUCAAAGAAGCUGUCUGACCUCAAGGGCCGUCGCUUUGCCGGCGCAAAGACUAAACAAGGCCUGAGUGGGCGUGAGCUGUUUGCAAAGGCGCGGGCGCAAAACGAGAAGAACAACAGCAGUGGCGCCGUUCGUCCUGCCGAACCCAUCUCACCCAUGUCGCUCUCGCAGACAGACUCCCAAGCAGACUCGCAAACCUCAGCGGCUUCGUCUCGUAGCUUCGACGAUGACUGCUCGUCAUAG